GCAAGCAGGCAAAAACCGCUAGAUUUUGGGAAUUACACAGGAGCUGAACAGGACCAGCUCACUCCUUGUCCGAACUCUUUAUCCUGUUUGAACGUGUCGGAAGUGUCUCUUUAGAGAAGUCUACGGAAACCUCGGGGAUACGGGAAAAGCGCGGAGGAAAACUUUUUAAGAGCAGCGAUACAACAGAAAAAAGUUAGAGAUUGUACUUUUACUGAACUUCUUCAAACAGAUGACAGUGUGGCUCUGGAUCUGACUGCUCCGUCGUGACUUUAUCAACCUCUGGAUUAACUUUUAGAGAGGGGGGAUUAUCAGGGCACUCCCUAAGUAUCCUUCAAACAGUGAAAACUUCUCAAGAUAAUUGGGUCGAGGAACAACUUUUAAGAGAGAUUCCUGCGCCUGUGUGUAGGUGUUGGAGACGUGUGGAUGGACUCUCUCUGUAAGUUUAGUUGCCGUGCGCCAAAGCUGCCAUGACAUAACGGGACACCGCUGGAAAACCAAGACUGCUCAAUGUUCCUGGAGUGACCGGAUGGUGAGAGUCUACUGCUGAGUGGAAGAUCUCCACGUUAGCAGCUCAUUCAAGACUGAAACAAAAACAGGCCAGCUCCGUAUCCUCCUCACGCCCUCCUCUGUGAUCUUCAUGCUGGAGAUAUGGGAUGACUGGAGGCGGGGGUGCAGCUGAGGUGAGCUCCAGCCGAAGGACAAUGUUUGCGCCCGGCGUUGGCAUCCCUUCGCUGCCGGGGCGUCUGGUACUGAUGCUGCUCCUGCUGUGCUGCUGUGAGCCCAGGCUCUCCACGGCCUGUCCCGGGUUACUGGCCUCCACCAGCGGUUGCAGCUGCACGGAGGAUCGGGGGAAAGCGCACGGUGUUCAGAGCCAGGCUGUGGGGAGGAGGGUCAGCUGCACCAAGGAGGAGCUGAGUGAACCUCCGGAUGGGAGCCUGCUGCCCAACAGGACCGUCACCCUGAUACUGAGCCACAACAAAAUCAGAGUCCUGAAAAAUGGAUCCUUCAGUGGACUUUUUGCUUUGGAGAAACUGGACCUCAAGCACAACUUAAUCAGCACCAUUAUGCCCGGAGCUUUCCAAGGCCUGCCUGAGCUUCGGAAACUCGACCUCUCCAACAACCGCAUUGGCUGCCUGACUGCAGACAUGUUCCAGGGGUUGACCAACCUCACCAAACUGAAUCUCUCUGGCAACAUCAUAUCCACGCUGGAUCCAGGAGUAUUUCAGGAGCUGCCAUCCCUCAAGCUAGUGAACUUUAAUUCAGACUACCUUUCUUGUGACUGUGGCCUACGUUGGGUACCUGGCUACUUUCGCAGCACUUCAGCACGGCUGGGGGAUGAGACCCUAUGUGCCUACCCGAGAAACCUGAGGGGAAAACCCCUGCGAGGACUGAGGGAGAGCCAGCUGAGCUGUGAUGGUCCUCUGGAGCUGCACACCCUGUCCCUGCUGCCAUCCCAGCGUCAGGUAGUCUUUAAAGGUGACCGACUGCCCUUCCAUUGCACUGCCGCCUUAGUGGACAAAAUUACUACCUUACACUGGCGUCACAAUGGCCAGCUGGUGAAGUCUGACCCUGAGAUGGGUGUCCAGUUGGAGAGCAAUGCCCUGCAUGACUGUACCUUCAUCACCAGUGAGCUCAUUCUAUACAACGUGCGUGCAGAGGCCAGAGGAGAGUGGGAAUGUGUGGUUUCCACCGGGCGGGGCAACACAUCCCGCAGUGUAGAAAUACUGGUGCUGGAGAACAGCGCCUCCUUCUGUCCAGAAGAUAAAGUUGUCAACAACCGUGGGGAGUUCAGAUGGCCCAGGACUCUGACAGGCAUCACCUCAUAUCAGUACUGCCUGCAGAUGCGAUACCCUUCCCUGUCUAUGGAGGGCGGUAUCGAGCAGAAAAAGGCUUCCAGAUACUGUGAUGACAAUGGAAAGUGGAGAGAUGCAAACUAUACAGACUGUCACUACACCAAUGGUAUCACUCGAGUGCUUCACACUUUUAUCCUGAGGCCCAUCAACGUGUCCAACGCCCUCACUCUGGCACAUCAGGUGCGCACAUACACACUGGAGGCUGCAGGUUUCACCGACUCUGUCGAUGUGUUGUAUGUGGCACAAAUGAUGGAGAAGUUUAUGGAGUAUGUCAAACAGUUACGAGAGUUGUCAGAGGUGUUGGUGGAGAUGGGCAGUAACCUGAUGCAGGUAGAUGAUCAGCUCCUCGCACUUGCCCAGAGAGAAAAGAGGGCCUGCAGCUCCAUUGUUUACUCUCUGGAGACCCUCGCCUGGCCUCAGCUGCACAGUCAUGCUCAGGAUUUCUCCAUGGUGUCCAGGAACAUUGUGAUGGAGGCCCACUUUAUCCGACCAGCCCACUUCACUGGUAUAACCUGCACUGCCUAUCAGCGACGGGACGUCUCAACAGGCGGCCAGGGAGUAGAAAUGCCAGAGUCUACUCAAGAGCAGCAGCUUCGUUUUCGCUGCAGCACUGGCUCCCAUAACACCUCGCUCAACAAUUUUCCCCUAAAGAAUUCAGUAGCCUUGGCCUCUGUAACUCUCCCGGCUACUCUGUUUCCUCCUGACGCUCCUGCAGACUGUAAACUGCAGUUUGUAGCCUUCAGAACAGGCAGCUUUUUUCCCCUGUCUAUGAACUUGAGCAGCACUGGGGAACACUCGCGCAGACGUAGCGUCAACACUCCUGUCAUCUUUGUUGGCCUUGAUGGCUGCAGUAUGUGGAACCACUCUGAGCCCGUUUGGGUUUCUCUGCGCCAUUUGUCCCCUGGUUCUGAUGCUGUGGCAGCGCAGUGGAGCCUUAAGGCACUGGAGAAAUUGGGAAGCUGGAGCCAGGAGGGCUGUCAGCUGGUCUACAGUGACAGUAGCACCUCCACCAUGCGCUGUUCUCUGCUCAGCAACUACGCUGUGCUGCAGGAGGUGCCUGACUUUCCUAACUCCACACCCAUCUCUAUAAGAAUGCUCCACCCUGUGGUGUAUGCCUGCACUGCACUGCUCCUCCUCUGCCUCUUUACCAUCAUCAUCACACACAUACUUCACCACAGUACUAUUCACAUAUCAAGAAAAAGCUGGCACACAUUACUGAACACCUGCUUCCACAUCGCGAUGACAACAGCUAUUUAUGCAGGAGGUAUAAGCUUGACCAGCUACCCAGUGGUUUGCCAAGCAGUGGGGAUUGCGCUGCAUUAUUCCUCUCUGUCGACCCUGCUGUGGAUCGGAGUCAGUGCCAGGGUUCUCUACAAAGAAGCUGUGUGGAGAACGCCCCGACAGCCUGAAGGAGAGCCCCCUGCUCCUCCUACUCAGCGACCUAUGCUCAGGUUCUAUUUGAUAGCGGGUGGAGUUCCUCUUAUCAUUUGUGGAAUCACUGCCGCUGUCAAUGUCAACAACUAUGGAGACAACAGCCCUUACUGUUGGCUCUUGUGGCGCCCCAGUCUGGGCUCUUUCUUUGUCCCUGCUGGCCUGGUGGUGCUGGUGACCUGGAUCUAUUUCCUGUGCACUGGGGUCCGCCUGAGGCACCGUGUAGCCAAAGAAUGCACAGGAACCACGCUGUCCACCCCUGUGACUGAGAGCCAGCCUGCGCUGGCAGGAAGCACCAGCCUCCUCUCAACAGACUCUGUGGUGGGGCCUAUAACUCCUGCUGUGGCCCCAGAGGACCAGUACUCACUGAAGACACAGUUCGUGGUGCUGGUGGGAACCCACUUCCUGUUUGUGGCUCUGUGGUGUUGUGGGGCGAUGGCGAUGUGGCUGACGGGUCGCUCCAGCUUGUUGUUCAGCAGUCUCUAUGGGAUUACUGCUACAGUUUUGGGGGUGUUUCUGGUGGUUCAUCACUGCUUCAGACGCCUGGAUGUACAGGCGUCAUGGCUCGCAUGUUGUCCAGGUUACCGCCGCUCCCAACCCAUGUCCACUUACACACACACCUGCACCACUCUGAGUGGAGUGCAGACCUCAGAGCAGGGAUCACAGCUUUUUAUUAACUGCCAUCCGCCUGCUGAGUCUCAUAACUCCUCGUCAGCUCGGUCAUCAUCCACACCAAGUGGAAUCAGCAGCGUGGGGCCUGGACCUUGCAAACUCACAAACCUGCUGCAGGUAGCUCAAGACAGUCCAAACAACACCACCCGUCCCCCUGCAAGCAACAACACCAGCACCAGUACUGACAACAUCACUAAGCCCACAAACAAUGUUCUGCCAACCAUUAACUCUGCAGCCCCACUGCACCCUCAGAGGAGGAAAGUGGGGAGCAGAACUAAACAAGGGAGCAGCCAGUAUCACCAUCGAGGUGAGGGCAGGGGUCACUAUCGCCUCAAAGCUCUAAGGACUGCUGGAGGAGGAGGCAGCCUGGGAGCUUUAGGACCCUCUGGGUUAGAUCACCUCAGUUCUUCACAUGUGGUUUACAAACAGGCUACAAGUGAGAACGGCAGCCUCCAUCACAGCCUCUCAGAGACCCAGGCCAGCCCACUGACCAAUGGGAAGCGUGCUGGGGAGUCAGUGGCGACCAGCCCCUCAGAGGGGAGUGAUGGGGGUAGCAGUGGGAGUCGUAAACCUUUCCCCCUGCUGCCCUCUAUGGCCAGCAGAGUGGCCAUGCACGGGGCUCAGAGACGUUGCGCCAGCAGAGACAAUUUGAAACUUGCAGCUGCUGCAGAGCGAGACACUAAGCGCUGCUCUUACCCUUUGAACAGUGUCACUAACACUGUGCCGGGGGCCGCUGCUCCAAAUGGCACCCUGAAAAAUUCAGUGCUGGAGCUGGAGCAGGACAUGAGUGGCACCGACCAAUCACAGAGCUCCGUUGGGAUGAAGAGUGGUUUGUGGAAAAGUGAAACCACAGUGUAACCUAUUCUUACAUGUGAACUUCUAUGGAUGACCUUAAUGGACUCUUGAUGAUUGGGUUAUGUUUUAAUGGUCUUUUGAUUGUUAUAAUUAUAUAAUUUAAAUAUAAAAUCAUGGAGGCAGCCAGGACCCUAAACUGGUACAUCUGCCUCUGUAGUAUUAUAAAUAGUUUGCUGUGAAUUGUUUAAAUUUAUUAUGCAGGUUUUUUAUUGUCAUUUUCAAAAUAAGAUACUCAUUUAUUUUAUUCAAUUCACAAAAAAUAUACAAGACAUCUCUGAAAUUAGCAUUUGAUGUUGAUUUUUGAUGUGUAAUGAAAGCUUUACUGUUUUAUUACUGAUUUUUCUAUGCAUAUCAACUAUAGCAUGAAAUGGGGCACUGCAUGCUCCAUUUCCAAAGUACAGCUUUAUGCAUUUAAUCUGUGGACAGUUUUCACCUUUAGGUUUGCUUCAGUUGUGUGUGCUAAUGUAUGCUUCUGUAUGUUUUGUGUGUGAGAGUGUGUGCUAGUGUGUGUUUAACAUGUAUAAAAUACUGAAUUAUUGGAUCUGUGUGGCUGUACAAAAUCUCAUAAUAGAAAAGGCUAUACAAGGCUUUUGAAAAUAAGAAUGAUGAUUUUUUUAUGUUCAUUGUAUUUACUUCCAUUAGCACUGACAGAGCUCAUUUUUUUAAAAAAGUAAGAAAUAACGAAAGGCAGGAGUUGAAAGUAAUUGGCUUUCACUUGAUUCAAUUCUCACUUCAACCUGACAAAUUAUUGCCCCCUAGAGGAUGGUGUAGGAAGCUCUCAGUCCUGUCCAGUAGGGUGAUUCUCACUUACCAUUCAUCUUAAUUUAUUCUGACCUCACAUUAAACCUCAUAAUGGUUUCAAAGAUGUUAAUUAAAAAUGUCAAAUUUGUAUCCACCAUUUUUUUCACGUACCAGUGACCUAAUAAGAAACAUCAAUGCAUGUAGAUCAUGUACGUUUUAACUAUUUUGGUCAAUUUUUUCCUUCAUGUGUUUACCGAUGAGCAAAGGCCAUACUUCUCUUUUUAAACAAUCUGAUACAAUUGCAAUUCAGGAAAUAACGUGAAGAGGAAAUUGUGUGUCUACUAUGCAGCCUGUUGUCAAGGCUUUUUCCUAAUGUUCUCUGAGAGGAAGUUUUACGAGAUCCACACAAUAACAUACUGUAUUUGAAACUUCAUGGUCUCUUAAUACAUUCAGUCUGUUGAGAUGGUGUUAUUGUAUUUCCUGUGUGCACUAUGGGAUUUUUGAUAUGCCCUGAAUAGUUUAUAUUCAGGAUGAAGAACCCAAAGACUUAUCUAUUUCCUGUGACAGUGACUCAUGGAAGCGCUCAUGGAAAACAAAUAUAAACUUUGAGAUACA